AUGGUUACCGAGACGGAAGAUGUUCAUGCUCAAGUACAAGAAGACGAGACGCACCACAUAUUUCGGAGUAGUAAUCAGAAUCCGAUGAGCCGCCAUCCUUUUAGCAUCAGAGCAUAUGAAGCUAUAAGCAACGACUGUGCAGAACAGUGGAUCGCACAUCAUCAGUGGGGCCCCGCAUGUACUGGAACGGAUCUCAGCGAUGGACUUCAAGUAGACGGCGUAUGGGCAUGGGUCAAUGGCUCUGAUCCCGUACAGAUUGCUGCACGACAACAAUACAGACCCAGCAAAAACAUGAACAUGGACGCGACUCACAGAUUUACCGAGCACAACGAACUUCUUUACUCUAUGCGAGCCGCCGUCGCAUCGCUAGGUCCCGAAACGAUGCAGAGGACACAUAUACUGGCCAGUGCUUAUCACGGGUCUAAUGGAAGUCUUCACAAUAUGGCUGGACAAGUGCCGUUCUGGCUGAACAAGGAAGAGGCAUUCACUGGUAAAGGACGUGUUGUACUACAUCACGACGCAGAUUAUUUCAAGCCGAUGGCUGGAUCCACGACCAAUAUGUCGGCAUGGGAGGUGCAAGAAUGGAAAGAUGCGGUCAUUCCUAGCUUCAACUCACUGGCAGUCGAGGCGCAGAUUCAGAAUAUCGACCAUACGUGUGCUGACCAGCUCGUCUACUACAACGACGACUUCUUCACGCUACGCAAACUUGCAAUCUCAGACUUCACUACACCUUUGUAUGGGCCUGUGAUCAAGACACUUACGAGGAUCACAAGCAUGUACUUGCCCGCCAAGAAUACGCUCUGGAGAUACAUCAAGCCCGCAGGCGAGGAGCCUGGUAUCAAGCGAGCUGGAUGGGUUCUCGGUAUGCGUUUCUCCCUACGCCCUUUGUACUACAUCACCCAUCAUCCGAGAGUCCUAUGGCUUCCACUUCUCCGAGAGGCCGCUCAAACCUUCCCCGAGGCUUUUACGGAUACACCACUCUCGCGGUUUAGGAUGCAGGAUAAUGUUCCCGCAUCUAUCCAAGCGAUCUUCCUGGGGUCAUGGUAUGUCGUGGAACGACACCGUGAAGCGUUAUUGUGGACUUGGGCAGUAGCAAAAUGGGGAGGGCUCGAUGGAACCAUGAAUGAUCUGAAAAAGGAGCGUAUGUGGAUGGAACUGGCGAAUGAGCCGACAUACUCACGGUCGUAUCUGAACAUUCGCGUGCCUGUCCGGGCGCCUAUUGAAGAUCCGAAUGUCUUCAAAAGUGCGAAUAUCAGUAUGCCGACCUCGACCGAGUACUCGUUCUCCAGCAAAGACGGAUAUGCGUUGACGUACGUGGACUCGAUGUGGCCAUGGAAUCGACCCAGGCAUGGCUACCCAGAUCUCACACAGGGUCUGCUGAAAAAUCAAAACUCAACCGGGGACUCAACUCGGGAGUCUCAGCAUGUCAGGGAUCCCAAUUUUGUUGCUGCAAAAGCAUGCGCGAUAGUCCGCUCAGCCUGCUUCGACUCAUUCUCUGGAAACGAAACCGCCAGCGAUUUCUUCAAGCGCAUAGCCUUCGAGCAACCCAAAUGCGGUGACUGCAUCAUCACUGCCUUGAUCGGUGCAAGCGGACCAUCUGGUAUCGACAAGUUUUUGCCGAACUCCCAUACUAAGUUGGUCUCAGAAGCUCACACACCCGCUCAAUCGCGUCCUCCGCAUCUGCCUCUGACCUCGGAUUGGACGACAUCAGAUUUCACUUUGACUGAAGCCAUACCGAAAGACUCCAUAAAAGCCAACAUGACUUUACGAGCCUGGUGCAUCCGACUGAUUCAGCGAUACUCAUACGUCCUUGGCUCAGUAGAAAGCGACUUCUACAAAGUUGAGCGAGCAAAGACGCUAGAAGCUCAUCUGAAUGGGGUAGAGCAGAAGCUAGAGGAAGACGCAAAGGGCGGAUCUAAAGGACCUCUAGCAUUCUUGUGUCUGAAUGACGACAUUACAGAAACUGGCAAGCUUCGAGAUCGUGUCGACGAGCUGUUGAAAGAUUUCUUCAGCAAGAUGUGGCCCAGUAAGCUGAGCUUCGAGAGAUGA